AGAAUUAACACCGCCCCCACCGUCACUUAUUAUCUAAUGGAACCAAACCAAUUAUAUCCCACCAACUCCAACCUUAUUCGUUCACAAAUAUUGAAGCCUUUUCUAAUACCCAAAUUUCCCCCAUGGAAAUAUCACCGAUCCAAAACCCCAAAUCAACCCAAAAUUCACCAAUAGAGGUAGAACCACCUCAAUCGGCAGUCACCUCAAAACAACCUCCAAAAGAGCACCAAAAAGAGGUAGUGGUGAAAAGGGGAUCGAAGGAAAGGAAAAUUGAGGAGGUAGAAAUGGUGGUAGUGGAGGGAGAUAAGUGGUCGAAACUAGGAGAAACAUGUACGGGGAUGGCUUUGAUGGCUAGAAACGCAAUUUUGCUCGAAUCGACUCGCUUCAUACCCGGGUUUUGUGUCAAUCUUGGGUGGUGUAAUGCAAAAAGAGGUACGAGGAAUCAAAAAAUGGCUCGAAUUGCAAACCGGGACUUUGAAAUUAUAGACAUUUCCGGAGGAAGAUACCUGGAAUGGCGGGUGGACGCAAAAGCCUACCUAAGGGCACAAAGCCUAGAACACGCUAUCGCCGAAGAGGGAAACCCUACUCCUCUAGAACAAGCUAAAGCUUUGGUGUAUAUUGACAAAUUAAAAAUGAGUAUAUUCUCAUUGAGGAUCCUAGAGAACUUCAGGUUUUCCUCCAAGACAGAUUCGAACACUUACAGAGAAUAAUUGUGCCAAGGGCCCAACAUGAAUGGACUACCUUGAGACUUUAAGAUUUCAGCUCAGUACGUGAAUAUAACUCUGUUGUAGUCUGCAUAACUUCACAAUUGAGAUUAUGUGGAGAACCAAUCUCUUAAAGAGCCAUAAUCGAGAAAACUCUCACUACAAUGCACGCAAAUAAUAUGGUACAAUAAGAACAGUACCGAGAGAGGGGUUGUGAAAGGUUUUGUGACAUAAUUUCUAUACUAUAAGUCGCAGAACAAAACACUCAAAUCCUGCUGUCUAAUCAUAAUCAGAGAUCAGCAGGUACCAGUGCAAUACCAGAAACAAAUGCCACAAAAACAGGUAAGCGCUGGAAUCACAAUAUUGUACGAGGAUGUUUUCAGGGCAGAGGCCAAUACCCCAAUAGGGGUAGGGGAAGGGGUAGAGGACGUCAAAAUUGGCGUCAAAAUACUUCUAAUACUCCCACCCUGAGAGGUAGAGGUAGAGGUAGAGGCGGUAGAGGAAAGGGAAAUUUUCAAAACUAAGGAAGGCCACAAGAAAAGUGUUUUAAAUGAGGAAUACAAGGCCAUUGGGAUAAAGAUUGAGGACGUCAAAAUUGGCGUCAAAAUACUUCCAAUACUCCCACCCUGAGAGGUAGAGGUAGAGGUAGAGGCGGUAGAGGAAGGGGAAAUUUUCAAAACCAAGGAAGGCCACAAGAAAAGUGUUUUAAAUGCGGAAUACAAGGUCAUUGGGCUAAAGAUUGCCGUACGGCAAAACACCUUGUGGACCUAUAUGUUGCCUCAAGAGGAGGCCAAGGGAAACAAGCAUAAACUAAUUUUGUCACACAAAGUUCCCCUAACCUAGAAUUCUGACAGGGUAAAGUCGUAUCCCCUAAUCAAAAGUAUUACCUAAGUCCUCUAACUAAUGCAGAUAGGGAAGUGGGGUCGAAUCCACAGGGAAACAAGUCUUUCUACUCCUUAUUAAUUAUUAUAAUCUAAAUUAUCAAGGUAACCAAUGUUGUUGUAAUUAAAGACUAUACUAUGAAGAAUAUGAUCAGAGAAAAUAAAGUUGGGAGAAAUUAAAUAUUAAAAGGCCUAGGGCAUAGGUUCACUAAUAAACAAUAUUCCAGGGCAAAUCAUAAUAA